AAAAUGGUGCAGGUUUGGUAUAUGGAUACGGAGGAAACCGAUCAGCGCUUGGAGCACCAUCGCAAUCCACCAGUUUACUUGGAACUGGACGAUCUUUACAAGAGGACAGGCGUGGAAUAUUUCAAAAUCAAUGCGGACGACUACCAGAGCGAUAGUACUCUCACUGAACUGAGGGCAAAACGUGGCUAUACCUAUGAUGAUGAGAUUACUUGCUCGGAAAAGUGUCUCCCUGACUAUGCCAACAAGCUAAAAGCCUUUUACACUGAACACUUGCAUACUGAUGAGGAAAUACGUCUGAUUUUGGAUGGAUCUGGUUACUUCGAUGUUCGCGACAACGAGGACAACUGGCUGCGCAUUCUGGUGGUGAAGGGAGAUCUGAUUAUUAUACCCGCUGGCAUUUAUCAUCGCUUUACUUUGGAUUCCAACAAUUUUAUCAGAACUCGUCGCUAUUUUGUUGGGGAACCCGUCUGGGCUCCUCACAAUCGACCUGCCGAUGAUAUGGAUUGUCGCAAAUCUUACAUCAAACAUCAGGCCGAAAACUUUGUGCAAUUCAACAAGGUUUGAAAUAAACAACCUGCAAUAACUGUCAACUGUAUUUUACUCAGAGUUUGAUAUUUGUAAAGAAAAUAAAGCGCCAA